UAUUAUCAAAAAUAUGUCGAAUUCAAAGAUAACAACAAGUCGCGGUAUUUGGCUAUGCUGGGCUUUUGCAUUGUCAAUGUUGCUGCAGGGUCAACUGGUGGAAUCUCAAUAUAAUGGCUUUCCUUACUACGGUGGACAAUCUGCAGGUGCGGGUAGUGGAUACGGAGGAAGCAUGUACGGCAAUGGCUAUGGAUAUGGAUACGGCUAUCCGCAGUACUACGGCUAUCCGGGCUACGGUUACACGUACCCCGGAUACGGGUACGGAGGGGGCUACGGUUAUCCAGGCUAUGGCUACCCAGGCUAUGGCUAUGGCUAUCCCUAUACGGGCAAUGGCAUGAAUACUGCCUUUGCCAGCAGCAGCGGAGGAUUUGCCAGUGCGAGUGCGAGUAGCGGAGGAGGAGGCUAUUACGGUUAAGUACAGGACUGGAUAAAUGUUUAAGCUUAUUAAUUAAAGACAAUAUUUGCUUAGGUUAU